AAGACAUUACUUUCCUCCUUCAGAAGUUGGCACUGUCGGCAACAGGCCAAAUUUAGUAAGAGAGACCGAGAUUCCGCCCUGGAAGCCUCGUCUUUGAGCUGCAGCCUUUUUUUCCUUCUGGCUUCUUCUCUCCUUCUUGUUCUUCUCCCACCGAUGCCAGUGGGAGAUGAAGAAAUGGACUGGCGGCUCUGUCAUUCUCGCCCUCGCCCUUCUCCUCUUCCUCCGCUACGCCCUCCUUCCCUCCUCCUCAUCUGCUGCCACCGCCGCCGCCGCUGCCUCUCCCCGCCGCCAGCCCCGCAGGAGCCGCCCACCACCUCACCCUUCCCUCUCCCCUAAACCCCACCUCCUUCUUUCCCUCCCUGGCCUCGAUGUCCUCUUCCCUUCUCCCAAUUCCACUCGCAGUCCCCAACUUGACCCCAGCUCGAAGCUCGCAUGGGCCCACAUGCGCCCUCUCCUCCUCCGCUCGGACGCCCUCCCCGCAACCGCCGAUGGCGUCCGGGAGGCCGCCGCCGCCUGGACGGAACUUCUCGCCGCCCUCGAUGCCGAAAUCGGAGGAAAGGCGGCGCCUUUCGGUGGUUCCAAUGCCGAACUCGAGAAGAAAAGUUGCCCCUUUGCGGUUAAUGGCAGCGGAAGCUCGUUGGAUAUCCCGUGUGGGUUCGUGCAGGACUCUGCGGUCACGGUGGUCGGGAUUCCCACCGGUCGGAAUGGUAGCAGCAGGUUUGGGAUCGAGCUCGUUGGAUCUCGCCUUCCAGACGGCGAGGCGGAGCCGCCUAUGGUUCUCCGUUGCAAUGUUAGCUUAGGAGGAGAUGGCCCGCUUGUGGCUCAGAAUUCAUGGACGGUAGAGGGGGGAUGGGGAGAAUGGGAGCAGUGCCCGGCGAUUGGCUCGGCCGCCGCCAAUAGCAGUCUCAAAGUUGAUGAGCUUGUUCGAUGCAAUGAGCAAUUGGGCGAGAGCGGAGUUCUGGAGAAUUUAAAUGGGAGUCGGCCUGAUGGUGAGAAGCCAGCUGAAAAAUUAAAGCAUUCUUCCCACCUGAGUGUUGGUUCCCCAUUUGUUGAAGGGCAUCCGUUUACUGCCACACUGUGGGCUGGGCUGGAAGGAUUUCAUUUGACAGUAAAUGGAAGGCACGAAACAUCUUUUGCAUAUAGGGAGAGGCUUGAGCCUUGGUCAGUUAGUGAAGUCCGGAUAUCAGGUGAUUUGCAGCUCUUGUCGUCCCUGGCUAAUGGACUGCCGGUCUCUGUAGAUCUUGAUUUAAUCGGUGAUGUUAAGGUUCUCCAAGCUCCACCGGUUCCCAAAAGGAGGAUUUUUAUGCUAGUUGGUGUCUCUUCAGCUGCAAACAAUUUUGAACGUAGAAUGGCUUUAAGAAGGUCUUGGAUGCAAUAUGAAGCAGUUCGUUCAGGCAAUGUAGCUGUGCGGUUCUUAACUGGUCUUCAUAAGAACAAGCAAGUCAAUUUGGAACUGUGGCGAGAAGCUCAGACCUAUGGAGAUAUCCAGCUGAUGCCUUUUGUUGACUAUUACAGCUUGAUCACUUUAAAGACAAUUGCUCUUUGUAUCCUUGGGACGAAAAUUCUCCCAGCAAAAUAUAUCAUGAAAACAGAUGAUGAUGCUUUUGUCAGGAUCAAUGAAAUCCUUUCUAGUCUCAAUAAAAGUGUUUCCAAUGGGCUCUUGUAUGGCCUUAUCUCAUUUGAAUCAUCACCCCAUAGAGAUAAGGAUAGCAAAUGGUUUAUCAGUCAAGAGGAAUGGCCUCAUGAUAAAUAUCCACCUUGGGCUCAUGGCCCUGGAUACAUCAUAUCCAGAGAUAUUGCAAAAUUUAUCGCCCGGGGUCACCAAGAAAGAAAUCUCCAAGUAAGCUAUUCAAACUAGAAGAUGUAGCAACUGGAAUUUGGAUUCAAGAAUUCAAAAGGAGUGGUCAAGAGGUAAACUAUGUUAAUGAUGAUCGGUUUCAUAAUGCUGGCUGCGAGUCCGAUUAUGUGCUUGCCCACUAUCAAGGACCAAGGCUGAUGCUGUGUCUUUGGGAGAAGCUACGGCAAGAACACGAAGCAAUAUGUUGUGAGUAGUCUCUGCAAGUACCACAUUUUUAUUUGCUUGGACGAGGAGUGUGGUUAGGAGCUGCUUCGCAUCAUUCAUGUGAGUGGUAUAACGAAAUGUUUCCUGAUGGGUCCCUGCUGACGGAAGUUAAAUUCACAUCACGUUUAACGUUGUAAGCGCAAACAUCCCAUACUUAAGGAAGCCUGGUGUAGGCUAUGAAUUGUAGCAGCCUGUUCUUGUAAGCUUUAAGUCCCACUAAGCUGUCGAUUUUAUGUAGGGCCUGAAACCAUGCUAGCAUCAUUUCUUUUGCAGCAACAUCUGUAUGUAAAAAUUUAUGGUUCUUCGAGUAUAUGAUGCAGAAUGUACAAUGCGGAGGAGAUCGCUCUUUGAUUUGCAUCAUGAAUCAUGAUCCUACUUUUUCCAAA